UGUCCCGAGUCCAGCGUCCCACUCUCCCGUCUUUCUGUUAUCCAUGUGAUCUCCGAGUCAGUGAGCGCGUAGCAUCAGCCAAGAGAGGACGCCCGGUGUUCGCGCUGCUUAGCAUCCCUGUGAUCAGCAUUUGUGGCGCAACAGAACUUGAAUUUUCUUGUAACUAUGAGGGAGGAUGUCCACUCGAGCAACACUUUGGUGUUUUUUGUCAAUGGACUGAAGGUGGAAGAUGCUGCCGUCGACCCUGAAUGUUCUCUUCUCGUCUACCUCCGGAGAAAGUUACGAUUGUGUGGCACCAAGCUGGGCUGCGGCGAGGGUGGCUGCGGUGCCUGCACGGUGAUGUUGUCCAAGUAUUGCCCCGACAGCGGCCAAGUUAGACACUACUCUAUGAACGCGUGCCUCACCCCCGUGGCUUCCAUGCACGGCCUGGCGGUCACCACCGUGGAGGGCAUUGGCUCCAGCAAGACGCGCCUCCACGCCGUGCAGGAGCGUCUAGCCAAGGCUCACGGGUCCCAGUGUGGCUUCUGCACACCUGGCAUCGUCAUGUCUAUGUAUACACUGCUGCGGAACAAUCCCCAGCCUACCAUGGCCCAGCUGGAUGAGUAUUUCACUGGUGGUGAGAGUUGA